AUGGAACCUAUAGACAUCCUGGAACUGGACGAUUCGAAGGUGGCAGCUUAUGAGAAGGGAAAGGGUAAAGGUAGGAGUGCAGAUGUUUUGCAGUUUUUGGAUAUUGAGGCCGCUGUUGACCAGGACGAAGAUGAAGAGGAAGGGGAGACGGAUAACUUGGAUGGAUUCCUUGUUUUCGAUAACGAACUGAACGAAGAUACACAAUAUGGAAAGCGGUUUUCACAUGCUGCGGUCGACACCUUGUGA